CCAGUUGCUCUGAGCCGUCUUUGACAACUUCUGGGACCAGACUUAAGGCAGUGUUUGAAAUUGUAUUCUUUACCUUAUCUAUUUAUUUUUUAAUAUCUGUACAUAUUUACAUACAUACACGUAUGUCGAGGGAGAGAGAAAGCAGUGACGUGAGGCUCCUUGAGAAGAGGAGGGGAUAUGGAAAUAAAACAGGUGUCUGGGAAGAGAGAAGGGAGAAUUGAGAGUUCAUAACCGUCACUCAGACGAGCAGGAGUUCUCUGCAGGUAGCAGAGGGGAAAUGCGAACUCGUGCACCCUCUUUGGGGACAGGCUCUGUUGUUUUCUAUUUCUUCUCUUGCAGCCAGGUGCACAUUUAUUUGAAAUGGACUGAAUUUCCUGCUUGAUGACUAGUCAGGUUGGUUCUUUAAAACUAGUGGACAUUUUAAUGUCUCCAACGCUUUUUUUUUAUUAUUAUUAUUUUUCUCUUUCUUUUUGAGGUUGAGGGGGAACAGAUCAGUUAAAAUUCUGGCUGGAUUAGUGGAGGAUUCUCAGAAAUAAGAAAGGGAGAAGGAAACGGACUUAGAAGCUGGAGAGCAAAGCAGCAGCCCCCAGUCCCCAGAUCCUCCGCACCCACUACCUCCGCCCGGUGACCUCCCGUGGAGACCCCGAGAGGCUGCAUCAAUAUUUGAUUAGUCCUUCGCCAGCUCGUUACCAGCACUCGUCGGCGGUGCUUGCCAGGCAUCGCCUGCGCUGCGCUGAAGCCUGCGCGGGGGCUCUCAAGGGGCUUUGGAAGGACUGGCUCUGCGCUCGCCCCCUCCCCAGGGAGGCGCGGCGCCCACCAUGCGGGGCUGCACGCGGCUUGCGCUGCUCUGCGCCCUGCUCUGGCUUCUGCAGGCGGCGGCACCCGGGAGCCCCGCGAAAUCCCUGGCGCAGCGCCGCGAACCCCGCGACCCUGCCAGGGGCGCCGAUUUCGACCACAGCUACAGCGGGACGGUGAGCCUCAGCACCGAAAACAUCUACUCCUUCAACUACACCAGCCAGCCUGGCCAGGUGACUGCUGUGCGGGUGUAUGUGAACAGCUCCUCAGAGAAUCUCGACUACCCAGUUCUGGUUGUGGUUCGCCAGCAGAAAGGGGUGCUAUCCUGGCAGGUUCCUCUGCUCUUCCAAGGACUAUACCAGAGGAGCUACAAUUACCAGGAAGUGAGCCGUACCUUAUGUCCCUCGGAAGCAACCAAUGAAACAGGACCACUGGAGCAGCUGAUAUUCAUAGAUGUAGCAUCCAUGGCCCCCAUGGGGGCCCAAUACAAACUGCUGGUUACCAAGAUCAAGCACUUCCAGCUGCAGACAAAUGUUGCCUUUCACUUCAGUGCCAGUCCCUCUCAACCUCAGUAUUUUCUAUACAAAUUCCCUGAAGAUGUGGACUCAGUUAUCAUUAAAGUCGUGUCUGAAAAGGCUUAUCCAUGUUCUGUUGUUUCAGUCCAGAAUAUCAUGUGCCCAGUGUAUGAUCUCGACCACAAUGUGGAAUUUAACGGUGUCUAUCAGUCCAUGACCAAGAAAGCUGCCAUCACUUUACAGAAGAAGGAUUUUCCAGGUGAGCAGUUCUUUGUGGUGUUUGUGAUAAAGCCUGAAGAUUAUACCUGUGGAGGAUCUUUCUUCAUCCAGGAAAAGGAGAACCAGACCUGGAAUCUACAACGUGCAAAGAACCUUAAAGUGACCAUUGUACCUUCCAUUAAAGAAUCCAUUUAUGUGAAAUCCAUUCUUCUCAGUUUCCUCAUCUUCUUCUCCUUCUACUUGGGAUGCCUGUUUAUUGCAUUUGUUCAUUAUAUCAGGUUUCAGAGAAAAUCCAUUGAUGGAAGCUUUGGUUCCAAUGAUGGCUCUGGAAACAUGUCGGUGUCACAUCCCAUUGCUGCCAGCACCCCUGAAGGAAGCAAUUAUGGGGCAAUAGAUGAGUCAAGCUCCAGUCCUGGCAGGCACAUGUCCUCCUCUGACGGUGGGCGGCCGUGCCCGUCAGACACGGACAGCUCCGUAGACGAGAGUGACUUUGACACCAUGCCCGACAUUGAGAGCGACAAGAACGUCAUCCGGACCAAGAUGUUCCUUUACUUGUCAGAUCUGUCCAGGAAGGACCGGAGGAUUAUCAGCAAAAAAUAUAAGAUUUAUUUUUGGAACAUCAUUACCAUUGCUGUGUUUUAUGCACUGCCUGUGAUCCAGCUAGUCAUCACCUACCAGACAGUGGUCAACGUCACUGGCAACCAGGACAUCUGCUACUACAACUUCCUCUGUGCUCAUCCCUUGGGCGUCCUGAGUGCCUUCAACAACAUUCUCAGUAACCUGGGCCACGUGCUCCUGGGCUGCCUCUUCCUGCUGAUAGUCUUGCGCCGGGAUAUUCUCCAUCGAAGAGCCCUGGAAGCCAAGGACAUCUUUGCCAUGGAGUAUGGGAUUCCCAAACACUUCGGUCUCUUCUAUGCCAUGGGCGUCGCACUGAUGAUGGAAGGGGUGCUCAGCGCUUGUUACCACGUCUGCCCCAAUUACUCCAACUUCCAAUUUGACACAUCCUUCAUGUACAUGAUCGCCGGCCUCUGCAUGCUGAAGCUCUACCAGACCCGCCACCCAGACAUUAAUGCCAGCGCCUACGCCGCCUAUGCCUCCUUCGCCUUGGUCAUCACGCUCACCGUCCUUGGAGUGGUGUUUGGGAAAAAUGACCUGUGGUUCUGGAUCAUCUUCUCUGCAAUCCAUAUUCUGGCUUCUCUGGCCCUCAGCACCCAGAUCUACUACAUGGGUCGGUUCAAGAUAGAUGUGUCUGACACAGAUUUGGGGAUUUUCCGGCGGGCAGCUAUGGUGUUCUACACGGACUGCAUCCAGCAGUGCAGCCGGCCUCUGUAUAUGGACAGAAUGGUGCUGCUCAUCAUGGGGAAUCUGGUUAACUGGUCCUUUGCCCUCUUUGGACUGAUCUACCGACCCAGGGACUUUGCUUCCUACAUGCUGGGCAUCUUCAUCUGCAACCUGCUGCUCUACCUGGCCUUCUACAUCAUCAUGAAGCUUCGCAGCUCCGAGAAAGUCCUCCCGAUUCCUCUCUUCUGCAUCGUCGCCACCGCUGUGGUGUGGGCCGCCGCCCUGUAUUUUUUCUUCCAGAAUCUCAGCAGCUGGGAGGGAACACCAGCAGAAUCCCGGGAGAAGAACCGAGAGUGUAUUCUGCUGGAUUUCUUCGAUGACCAUGACAUCUGGCAUUUCCUCUCUGCCACUGCCCUGUUUUUCUCAUUUUUGGUUUUGUUAACCCUGGAUGAUGACCUGGAUGUUGUUCGGAGAGACCAGAUCCCUGUCUUCUAAGCCUCUAGCAUGAAGAGCGGGAAGAGGGAGCCAUCGAUCUUGGUGCUGUUUCAUGAAAAUUACAGGGGCUGCAGCAAAGUAACCACUGCCAAAUGCUCCACUGACCCUCUGUCUGGUUGGCUCUGUACACAUUCCCACAGGGAGGAAGGGAGCUGCAGGGGGACCCAAGCCUGCAGGGAGGGAGACAGAAGGGAGCCACAGCUGUGGACAGAGGCAAGCCCUGCAGAGCUAAAAACACCCACCAUCCCCUUCUGUCGCUACUCUGAGUUAGAAAUGGAUAAAAGCUGCAUCAAAGUCAGCUAUCUUGGGACCCUUCCCACCCUCACCUGAGAUGGGCCAGCCAUGGCAGAACCAUGCUGUACUCUGCCCUCAGCUGCCACCCUGCUCAGAAAGGCCAGCAGCUCAGAUUUCCUGCCCAGAAACUCUCUGUAACUACAACCUCUGUUCUAGACAUCCCCAAACACUGGCCUGUCUCUCCAAGGUCCUGGGGUGACAUGAUUCAUAUGAGUCUGGUAGAGGGUUGGCCCCUACUAACUGGGACAGAUGUUUUAUAGCACCACCUGGUCACCUCCUCCGCAAGAAUGCUGUAUGUUUCCCCCUGGUUCCUUACUGUAUUAGGAGGACUCCAUGUCAUCAGACUGUGUCUCCUGCUGCUGAGGGGUAACAGUAUCUCCCUGUUGUGUGCUGACCCAAUGACUCAGGCUCUACCUUCUUGGGAAGGCCCUGUUACUCCAUGGGCUGGCCUCGAGGUGGAAGGGGAAAGGGGAAACCACUUCCAGCAGCAGGAGGAGCUAGACAAAUGACCUGCAACACUAGGACACUGGUGACAUCAGCUUUCAGCAAGCAGGCUCAUGCUAAGGACUGGGGCACUCUUGGAGCAGACGCAGCAAAGGCAAAACUGCUUCCUCCUGCCCCCAAUUCUAAUAGCUCCAUUCCAUGCCCGCAUCACCCUUGAGGAGGAAAGAAGUGUUCCAGCCAGGGGCCACUGCCAAGCCCUCCUCUGCUGUCUUUUGCAGACCAGAGGCUCCAGACUUCCCUUGAGGUUCUCUGCAGGUCACUCUCCCUCCUCCUCUUCAGCUGCAAAGAGCGCAAUGGCUUUAGGGUUGUCUCAUCAAUGCACCCAAUUCACAUUCUCUCCCCAGGACCACACUGAAAACCUCAGUGUCCCACUUCACUCUCACACUGUCUGGCAGCUCUGCCCACAGGAAGUUUCACUUCGACCAAACUCCCUUGUUCCCUGGAAUAUGAUGUCAUCAGAAAGUGUACAGGCAAGUGCGCUCACAGAGAUAUAUUUGCCUGUGAAACUGAAGUCACCCCUCACUUCCGCCUUCCUCAUUCUUCAUUAGAGAAAUGGAUCAGCCAUUCUUUUAAAAUAUAUAUAGUUCUUUCUCUAAAAUAUUUGCGUAAUGUUCAAAAACUCAUUUUGGACAUUUGGCAUAGCACACGUUCCCUGAUUUUUAAAAAACACAAAAACGCUUUCAAUGAAACAUGAUUUUUUUUUCUACAAUGCCCCCAAAUCUGCAGUUGUCUGUUAUUCUUUAUUCCUAAAAAUUGUUGGCUUGUCUAGGCCAUAUGCAGACCACCUAUUAAAUGGCUGUAUUAAAUCUAACACCUAAAACAAAUUUCAAACCUGUUUGACUUGGCUGAUUUAACCUAAUUCUUUUAUUUUUAAUGCAUUAAAGUAUUUCAAAUACAAAAAAGAAAAGAAAAAAAUUUGAGGGAGGUGGAAGAAAGUCUGUUCAGGUAGCCCUGUGACCUGAAGUGAAUAAACUAUAGGACACAUCAGCUCUUCAGUAGCUUGUUUGGCAAAUAUGUCCAUGGAAAUGGGGAGGGGGCCCUGUAGAACUGGAUGGAUUGUGCUGCUGUGUUCUUGACCGUUUUCUGACAAUGUCUGCCUUGUGCUAUAAACUCACACAUUGUGGUCAGUUCUCCACAGCAGGAUGAAAAACCCAGAGCAAGCCUGCUCUUAUAAAAAUCAAUUUUAAAUGUA